AAUGCGUGGUCGCUCUAUGGGAGAAAAACUAUGGAGGUGUAAAUCGGAUAACCGAGGAUGGAGAGAGCGGCUGAUUCCCACUAAGAGAUCGGUUGGAUUCCCGCUCAGAACCAAACUUUCUGGUUACCGGAAGUGGUGAGCGUAGUCGGAAGGUUGCGCUAACCUUUCAACCGGAAAUAGAUUGGGAUUGGCAGUAGUAGAGAGAGAAGGCACGUUUUGAAGGUCUGGGCGCCCCGCAGUUGCAGCUCCGCCGUCUCCCCGCCCGUCAUGGGGAAAGCGCGGCGGCGAUCGGCCGCCCCUCCGCGGGCCUGGGUCCCGCGGGAGGAAAAGCUGGAGGAGCCGGAGCCGGGGGAGCUGAAAGUCACAGAGGAGGUAGACGACUUCCACGAGCGACGGGUGGAGGAGGCGUUGGCGGCGCUGGGCAGCGAGGAGGAGGAGGACGUGGAGGAGGAGGCGGAGGAGGUGCUGGGCCUGGACCUCUGCGAGGACAGCGAGGAGGAUGGAGGGGAGGAGGAAGAGGAAGGCAUGGACGAGCCCCUGGAUAUGGACAGUGACCUGGAGGAGAAGCCGGGGGCUGAGAGUUCCGGCCUCCCUGAUGAGUCAGCCUGGGGACACCGCAAGAGGAUCUAUUACGGCACGGACUACGGUCAGGCUGUCGCUGGUUCCAAAGCAGCCAAGAAGAGCAAGGAAGAAGUCGAAGCAGAGGAGCUGGAGGAAGAAGAGGCCGCCCAGGCCAUCCAGAAAAGGUUGGCUGACAAUCUGCGGGAGGAUGACUACGGCCUGGAUCUUCUGCAGGCCUACGCUGCAGCUGAGCAGCCAAGCGAGAAAGAGUCCGGACGCAAAAUUGCCAAGGACUUGCAAUCUCUUUCCAAGAAGGAGCAGCUGAAGUUGCUGAAAAAGGAAUCCCCAGAGCUGCUGGAAUUGAUUCAGGACUUUGAAGCUAAAUUGGUCGAGCUCCGAGAUGAGCUGGAGCCCCUCGUGCAAAUGGUGAGAGAUGGGGUCAUCCCGCAGGGGAAAGGCAGCCAGUACCUGCAGACUAAAUAUCAUCUCUACUUGAACUACUGUUGCAACAUCAGCUUUUACUUGGUGCUGAAAGCCAAAAGGAUUCCAAUCCAUGGCCACCCAGUCAUUGAAAGACUCGUAACGUAUAGAAACUUAAUCAACGAUUUGGGUGUUGUGGACCAAAGACUGGCACCAGAGGUUCGCCUGCUUCUUAAAGAAUUCCAUAAUGGUGGAAUAGAAGCAGUGAAGAAAUCCCUGCUGCUUCUCAGAAAGGCUGUGAACAAAACCAAGCCGAGAACUGUUCGUAAGGUUUCCAGUGGUGAGCGUGCUGAAGAAGCCACAGAUGAUUCUGAUUUCGAUGAGGAAGCUGCCCUGAAUUAUUACAAGGAGAUGGAGGAAAAGAUAAAAUCUAAGAAAAAAAGAAAACACGUACAAGCAGAAGAAAAGGAAGAGCCGCUUGUGGAAGAGGAAGGACCGGAACAAAAGAGAGGAGCGACAUACCAAAUUGUCAAGAAUAAAGGCCUCACGCCCAGGAGGAAGAAGAUUGAUCGUAAUCCAAGGGUCAAGCAUCGUGAGAAAUUCAGGCGAGCCAGGAUUCGCAGGAAGGGGCAGGUUCGUGAAGUCCGAAGAGAAGAACAAAGAUACGGAGGCGAACUUUCUGGCAUUCGUGCUGGGGUUAAGAAAAGCAUUAAGCUUAAGUGACUUCCCUUUUCGUGUUCUUUUUCAAGUUGAAGACAGUCAUUGUGACCACAAUAAAUAUCCUGUUUUGGGGAAAAUAAA